ACGUCAAUAAACUUUGAGCGUCGAUUAACGAAAAAAAUCACGGCAUAUCCCGUCAGGGUCGGAGAAACAUGGACAUCACAUUGGACGAUAGGUUGAAUGUUCUACAGCAGAUAAGUCAACGAAAACUGGUCGAGAUAUUGGACACGAUACCCGGAGCCAAAGACUUGGUCAUUGAACAGAAGCUUAUGAAAAUUUUGGAUUGCUUCGUGGGAAUUUCCGUGCUCAAACGUUAUGGCGUCGAGAAGAUUUAUAAAAUGGAACAGGGGUUGAAGCUGAUGAAUGCACAGCACGUAUUUCUGGUUUCAAGCGAUUUAAUCGCUUGUAAAAGGAUUUUGGAUCAAAUACAGUCUGAGAUUCCUCCAAACGCGAGGCCACACGUGCCACCGAGCCACCACAUCUUGGUCACUCCGUUCGUGCCCACUGUCCUUAACUCAAUAAUCGAAGAAGAGGGUCUGUCCGGGCUGGUUACUUUACAAACACUGUCGUGGGAAUUCAUAAGAUUAGACGGGAACGUCUUAUCUCUGGAGAACUGUAUGUUUACAGAUCUGUAUUACCACAAAGAUACCACAUUGCUACCAGCGUUAGCACGUGGCCUGUGGUCACUGCAGCUUGUUCUCGGUUCGCCAAAACUGACCGUGUCUGUUGGGAAACACAGCCAGCAGACGUUAAAAAUCAUUGAAUCGAUGAGGCAGUGUUUGGGCUCCUCCAACAUAGAGAACGAAAUAGGGGCUUUGAUUGUGAUUGACAGAAAUUGCGAUUUAGUCACGCCGCUUUUGACUCCUGUCACUUACGCCGGAUUGUUGCACGAAGUGGUGGAGAUAAACGUCGGCAUCGGUACUCUGGGCAAGUCCCAGACCAAACUGGACCCUGAUAAAGAUCAGAUUUACGGAGAAGUUAGGGACACGCCAUGCAGCGAGGUAUUCCCGAUCCUGCACGGGAAGGCCAAAUCUCUCAAAUCGGAACAGGGCGCGAUACAGACGAUGAAGCUGGCCGAGAUGGAGCGGUACGUGGCGACGAGAUUGCACAAGACGAGGGAUCUCACGAGGCAGCUCGCCUUUCACAUAUCCGCCUGCCAAUUGAUCGCAGACACUUUGAGUUCAGAUUUUCAAACGUUGCAGAGAAUAGAGAAGUGGAUACUCGAGUGCAAAGAGAGGAAGGAGUGCUUGAAUCACAUAGAACGAUACAUAGAUGAGAAUCCUCUGAGGACAAUACGCCUGCUGUGUCUGUUGUCAAUUGCAAGCGACGGAGUUACUCAGAACGAGCUGCACUCUGUCCAAAAGCUUCACCUCCACGCUCACGGUUACAAGCAUAUACCGCUGUUCUAUAAAUUGCAGAGUAUAGGCCUGUUGAAAUGCAGAGCGGAGAACAUUUUACACAAAUUACCGAACUGGAACAGCGAGUGGAACAACAACGCGCAGAAGUUGAAAUUAUUGCCCGGAUACUUAAAACAAACGGAGCAAAAGGGCCCUGGCUACGUUUUUAAUAAUGCUUAUGUACCACUGAUCGCUCAGGUGUUAAACACCGUGGCGAGUCAGGACAAAGAUUCGAGGACUUUAGACGAAUUAGCUAAUUUAUCGAAUUGCGUUAUAAGUGGUCAACGUGGUUCGUUGUUACCAAAGAUGGUAGUGAUAUGCGUUAUCGGCGGCAUUUCCUAUGCCGAGAUAACAGCCUGCCGAUUUAUAGAGAAGGCCGCCGGGAUCCGACUCGUUAUAGCGUCGGAUAGCGUAAUAACUGGUAAUAAAAUACUCGAGAAAGUCCAAGACAUAUAAGCGUCGUCCGUACGCUAUAAUUAAUUUAAUAAUUACGAGUAACAAUACGAUGUUGUUUAUUUUUGUACGAUAAAUGUAAAUAGGAAGUACGAAGUAAGAAUAUAUGUUAAAAUAAUA